AUGCACACUUUUUUCACAUUACCCGUCGAACUAGUUUAUCGAAUUAUGGAUCAUCAAAAUGCGCAGACGCUAUUUUGUUCAAUGCAAAAUAUUUGUCGACGGCUCAAUCAGAUCCUGAGUACUUACCAUCGAUAUCAAACACUCACCACACUUGACCUCAGAGGCAACGAAAUCGGUGCUGAAGGAGCACAACACAUUGCUAAUGCGCUCCGAACGAAUACGACACUCACCACACUUCACCUCCGUGCCAACGAAAUCGGUGCUGAAGGAGCACAACAUAUUGCGGAUGCGUUGCGAACGAAUACGACACUCACCACACUUGACCUCCGUGCCAACGAAAUCGAUGCUGAAGGAGCACAACAUAUUGCGGAUGCGCUGCGAACGAAUACGACACUCACCACACUUGACCUCAGUUGGAACGAAAUCGGUGCUGAAGGAGCACAAAAUAUUGCGAAUGCGCUGCGAACGAACACAUCACUCACUACGCUUAACCUCAGCGGGAACCGAAUCGGUGAUGAAGGAGCACAACACAUUGCUAAUGCGCUCCGAACGAAUACGACAUUCACUACGCUUAACCUCAAUCUGAACGGUAUCGGUGCUGAAGGAGCACAACACAUUGCGGAUGUGUUGCGAACGAAUACGACACUCACCACACUAGACCUCAGAGGCAACGAAAUCCGUGAUGAAGGAGCACAACACAUUGCGGAUGCGUUGCGAACGAAUACGCUACAGACACUCACUACGCUUAACCUCAAUCUGAACCGAAUCGGUGCUGAAGGAGCACAACACAUCGCUAAAGAUGAAGCACUCACCACACUAGACCUCAGAGGCAACGAAAUCCGUGAUGAAGGAGCACAACACAUUGCGGAUGCGUUGCAAACAAACACAACCCUCACCACAUUUGACCUCUGGUUUAGCGAAAUCGGUGAUGAAAUAGGUCAACACAUUGCAGAUGCAUUGGAAAGGAAUAUAAGCGCCAAGAUGGUAUAG